UAUAAAAGACGACAAACCCCCAACGUAUCUGAUAAUCAAAGUUGCGAAACAACGAAGAAAGCCUUCCACAAAAAAAUAAAAUCACUAAUUAACAAAUUAAACAUAAAUAAAUAAAUAAAUAAACAAAAAAAAUCAAAAAUAUCAUCAAAAAUUAAAAAACCAAGAAUCAAAAAAAAAAAUCAAUAAAAUCUAUAAUUAAAUUUUUCAACACCUAAAAAUAACAAUUAUCAAUCAAAAAAAAAUUAAUUACUUAAUAAACAGUAUUAAAUUUAUUUAAAAAAAAUUAUUUUCGUAUUAUUUAAAUUAAAAAUAACGUGAAAAAUAAAUUUUGUAAAAUUUGCAAAAUACAACGUCAGACAAAAUUGUUUUUUUUUUUUGUAAAAAAAAAUAUUUCAAGUGUGUUUUAUUAUUAAAUAUAAAUAUAUAAAUAUAUAUUUAAUAAGAGUAAAAGAGGAUACACUUAUCACACGUGUAUUAUCCAUGUAUGUGUAAAAAAAUAAGAGAGAAAGUUGCUGAAUGAUAAAGACAGUAUUAGCAACAGUGUCCAGGUGGAACGUCAUACGACGUAUAAACGCAGAAACCAAAACCGGUGGAUCAUAAAACGUUAAAUAAAUUGUGUUAAAAUAUCAACCGGCUUGCAAUUUACAAUUACAGAAAUAAAAAAAAUUACCAAUAAAAUACUCUAUAAUAGAUACACAUUAUAAAUAAAUUAAAAGUAUUUCGAAAAUAAAAAAAAACUGUGAUUAAAAGUAUUUUUUUGUUCGGUUUAAAUUUAAUUUGUUUUAUAAAUAGAAAACAAAAAAUUUAUUAAUAAUUAAAAUUAUUCAAAUAAUUGUGUAUAUUUUUUAUAAGAUUAAUUUUAAUUUUUGCUAAUUAAUUUUUUAAGUGUUUGAUUAAUAUAUUGUUUAAAAAUGUCGUCACAAAGGAGACAAAUGAUGCAACCAUGGCCACUCUGUUUGGUAUCAUCAAUAUCAAAAAACAAAGACCGGUCAAUUCUACCAAAGUAUUAUUCAAGGGUUCCAACUCUAUCAAGAUCAACAACAACAAGCUCCGAUAUAUCACAAGAUUGUGCAUCAAAUACAACAUUAUUAACAAACGCAAGUCCAUUUAAUAGUCAACAAGCAUUAAUUAAAAGUAAAAAAACAUCCCAAAAAUCAUCAUCAUCAUCAUCAUCAACAACAUCUACAACAACAAAGCAACAAACAAUUAAUAAUGGAAUAACAAAUUUAUCAAAAAAUCAUUAUUAUGCUGAUAAUUUAAGACAUGAAAAUGAUUUAACUAAAUCACAAAUAUAUAAUCCAUUGAGUAAAAAUUGUGAUUAUAAACAAUUAGAACCACUUGUAUCAAAAGAACGUAUUGCUAUUGAGGAUAAUAAAAUGCUCAUGGAUUCACAAUUACAAAUGGAACUUAAAAGUGAUAAUGAAUUGGCAAAAAAAAAUAAUAAAUCAAGAUCAAAAAAGGGAAGAUCAAAAUUAGAUGUUGAAAUUAUCAAGUAUCCAAGUCAGGUAAUUGCUGCACUGAGUGUAUCACUUGGAUCAAUGGUUGUUGGUUUUUCAAGUGCCUACUCAUCACCAGGUAUUGAUUCCAUGAAUCAAACAGCAAUUUUUCGUGAUGAAAUAAAUACAAACUCGGCAUCAUGGAUUGGUUCAAUACUUCCAUUACUUGCAUUAUUCGGUGGUAUUGCUGGUGGACCAUUUAUUGAAUAUCUCGGAAGAAAAAGAACAAUUCUUGCAACAGCAUUUCCAUUUAUCAUAGGAUGGUUGACAAUAGCAAUGGCACAAAAUGUUAUAACAGUAUAUAUUGGUCGUGGAAUAUGUGGUUUUUGUGUUGGUGUUGCAUCAUUAUCAUUACCAGUAUAUCUUGGUGAAACAAUACAAGCUGAAGUACGUGGUACACUUGGUUUAUUACCAACAGCAUUUGGUAAUGUUGGUAUAUUACUUUGUUUUACUUCUGGUAUGUUUGUUGAUUGGUCAACAAUAGCAUAUAUUGGUGCAGGAUUAUCAAUUCCAUAUCUUGCAUUAAUGUUUGGAAUACCAGAAACACCAAGAUGGUAUAUAUCCAAAGGAAAAGUUAAAGAAGCACGUAAAUCAUUACAAUGGUUACGUGGUAAAAAUGUUGAUAUUAGUGAUGAAUUAUCAUCAAUUGAAGAUGCUAAUGCCAAUUGUGAAAAACAUUCAGCUCAAUCACCAGUAUAUGAAAUGUUAAAAAAAAAAAAUUUAAAACCAUUAUUAAUAUCACUUGGUCUUAUGUUUUUUCAACAAUUUUCUGGUAUAAAUGCUGUUAUAUUUUAUACUGUACAAAUAUUUGAGAUGGCUGGUAGUUCAGUACCAAAAAAUACAAGUACAAUUAUUGUUGGUAUUGUUAAUUUUGCAUCAACAUUUAUUGCAACUGCAUUAAUUGAUAGACUUGGACGUAAAGUAUUACUUUAUAUAAGUACAAUUGCAAUGAUAACAACAUUAUUUUCACUUGGAACAUUUUUUUAUAUAAAAGAAAAAUAUCCUGAUGUUGAUAUAAUUAAUUAUGGCUGGGUACCAUUGACAAGUUUAGUUAUAUUUGUUAUUGGUUUUUCACUUGGUUUUGGUCCAAUACCAUGGUUAAUGAUGGGUGAAAUAUUACCAGCAAGUAUACGUGGUCCAGCAGCAAGUGUUGCAACAGCAUUUAAUUGGUUUAUUGUAUUUACUGUUACAAAAACAUUUCAAGAUACAAUGUCAGCAAUUGGUGCUGGACCAACAUUUUGGAUAUUUGGUGCAAUUUGUUGUGUUGCAUUGAUAUUUGUUAUAAUAUGGGUACCAGAAACCAGAGGUAGAUCACUUGAAGAAAUUGAAAAAGGUAUGAGUGGUCCAGUUAGACGAAUGAGUGCUGUUGCUAAUAUGAAACCAAUGCCUGCUGGUUGCUAGUGUUUUUAAAAUUUAUUUUAUAUUUUUCAUUGUUUAUUAUUAAAUAUUUUAUAGAAUGUUAUUUUUGAUUAAGCUUAUUAUUAUUGUCUUUGAUUAAAGCUUUAGCUCUCUUUCUUUUUCUUUUUCUUUUUUCCCCAACACAAUUUCAUCAAUCUCUUUUCUUUAAACUCUUUUUUUUUUUUUAUUUCCAUCUGUCAUUAUUAUUUUUAAAUGAUCAAAUUACAUUUUUACUAUAAAAUUAUUUCUUUUAAAGUUAAAAAAAAUUAGAUUUUAAUUAACAAUCAAAGCAAUAAUGAUAGCCAAAAUUUAAAUUAGCUAUCUGUAUUUAAUGAAGAACAAAAAAAAUAUAAUAGUAAUAAUUAUUAGAUUGAUAAUCAAACGUUAGAAAAAAAAAAAAAAAACAAAAGAAAUAUUGAAUAUUUUAUUUUAUCAUGUGAUUUAAAAUUAAUGAUAAUAAUCUCGUAAUAAUAAUUGCUAUUUGAUGAUGAUGAUGAUGAAAUAAUAAGCAGGUCCUUAUGAGUAUGACUACCUCAUGAUUGGGAUGAUAUAUAUAUAUUUUUUGAUAAAUAUAUGAGCAUAAAUUUAUUGAAUGAAA